ACUCGCCAACGCUGCCUUUCUUGGCUGUCAGAAGGAGAGACUCACCCCGGCCGCAGGCAGUAUACGCGGUUGUUUAUAAUUUUUUAUUUUAUUUUUAAAAAAUUGGAAACCGAGGAGAAUAUCCUAACAAACAUGGUGGUGGUAGCAGCAGCGAGCGGGGGCGCCCACAAACUGCUCCUGAUCUCCGGGAAGCAGAGCAGCGGCCGCCCCAUCUCGGUCGUCCUACCGUCCGCCUCCAGCCAGGCGUCGUCCGACUCGGAGUCGAGCAGCUCGGCGGGGCCGCCGGUGCGCAAAAGGCAGCGGCUCACACACUUGAGCCCCGAGGAGAAAGCCUUAAGAAGGAAACUGAAAAACAGAGUUGCAGCCCAGACUGCUCGAGACAGAAAAAAAGCCAAAAUGGGUGAACUGGAACAGCAGGUCCUGGAGUUGGAACUAGAGAACCAAAAACUUCAUAUCGAGAACCGCCUCCUCUGGGAAAAAAACAAAGGACUGCUGACAGAAAACGUUGAACUAAAGGAAAGACUUGGUUUGCACACCCUCGACACAAAGGAGGUUCAGGUGAUGGUGUCCGGUGGGAAUGAAGCAGGUUUGGGAAUCGGGUCUUCUGAGCGCAGCACUCAGGCUACGUGUGCCUCUGCAGCAGGUGCAGACCCAGCAAUUCCAAAACCUGAAGACUUCUCAAUGGAUACAGAUAGUCCUGACGCUGCAGACAAUGAGUCUGAUCUGCUCUUGGGCAUUCUGGACAUCCUUGACCCGGAGCUUUUCCUUAAGUCUUGCGAGCAGGAGUGCAAGGAGCCACCGGUGCUUCUUGUCAGCGGAGGGGACCCAGUACCUGCCGCCGCCCCUGCACCUCUGGGGACCCCAUCAAUUAAGCUGGAGGCCCUUAAUGGACUGAUCCACUUGGAUCACAUUUACACCAAGCCAGCAGAGGUGGCCAUGGAAGACUGCGAGGAGAGCAGCGACGACGACGACAGCGUGAUGGCUUCCUUCCCUGUCGCCGAGGUGGUGGUCGAGGAAGAUGAGGAGGAUGUCUGUGUUAAAGAUGAGCCGGAGGAAGUGGUCAUCCCCACAAAGAUGGAUGACUUCCUCUGCAUAGCCGCCGCCACCUCUUCCACUUUGCCCACCAUCAGCGGCCUGGACAAGGAAGCCUGCCUGGCGGACAACUACAGCGACUCUGGAUACGAGGGCUCCCCAUCCCCCUUCAGUGACAUGUCGUCCCCACUGUGCUCCGAGAACGCCUGGGACGACAUGUUUGCCAGCGAACUCUUCCCCCAGCUCAUUAGUGUCUGAACAAGCUCACAGCUUUUUUUUUUUUAAUAUAUAUAUAUAUAUAUAUAUAUAUAUAUAUAUUUUUUUUUUUUUUCACACUGGCUAAGCACACGAUCUCCUUUUCACUUUACAGCAGGUCUGUAGUGCUUGCCAUGCUCCAAUGCCUCAAGGGAGAUGGAGUUCACGUCAAGAUUGCAAAUACAGUAUUGAAAAAGGGGGGAAGGGAGAAGAGAGGGAAUAUCAUUUAAAUUUGAAAUAUUAUUUGUGUAUUGUGCUUCUGGGUCGCUGUAUGUCCGCGUGUACGUAAACAAGCUUCUAAAUGUUAGCUGCUCUCCUUGUAGUCUUAAUUACUGCAUUAAAAAAAACUUUGCUUUGCA